CCUACAACUGCCUACAACGCCUUUCUUCUUUACUCGUCUUGCAGUAUGUUGUCUCAGCUGGCGCGGCGCGUAGCUUUGCGCACUAUACACGCUCCAGUCUCGCGUGGUGCAGCAUUGAGGCGAUACAUCUCGGCGACGCGUCUGCAGGUCCCGACGCGUUCGUUCUUGACACUCUCUACGCCUUUGAUGGCACCGGAGUCCGCAGGAGAGGUCACCAAGCCUACGAAGGGAAGAGCUCCCAAACCCAAGACCAAGGCCGAGACCGAACCAAAAACCAGAAAGAGAGCCACGAAAGCGUCCAAGGCCAAGACCGAGAAGCCACCUAAAGCUGCACCCCGACCGAAACGAAUCUUGCGAGCCGACAUGCCACCUAAGCAGCCUGGCAACGCCUUCAUGCAGUUCCGUACGGAGCGUGCCAAGUUGUUGCCUCCGCACGCGACUCCACAAGACCAAGCCCAGCAUUCCAAAGUACUCGGCCGGGAAUGGCUAGCCUUGGACGACUCUGUGAAGCAGUCUUACAAUGAGCGAUACAAGGUAUUGCGCGAAGAGUGGAAGAAGCGUAUCAAGGAGUACAUGAAGAACACCGACCCGGAGACUUUGCUAGCGGUCCAACUUAAGAUGAAGGCGAAGGGCCCUCGUCAUGCUCAUGUGUUGCUUAAUCCAAAUCGGAUGCGGCAGCCGUUGAGCCCCUACCUCCGGUUUUUCAUGGAGCACAGAGCUAGCGUCAAGCUACCUCAUCAAGAAGGUAACCAUAUCAUAGAAGAGAACCGUAUCCUAGCAGAGAGAUGGCGGGCAUUAUCUAACGAGGAGAAAGCGCCUUAUUCUAAGGCAUGCAAGGAGGACUGGGUGCGGUACAGGGCCGCCAAGAUCGCCUCCCUGUCAACGACCGCUUCCGAUUAACGCCACAGCUGUCUGCGCGACGCGAAUCUGCGUGACACCUUCUGUAUGAUAGGAUAAGGAGCAACUACAUACGCACC